AUGGACGACGAACCUCGCCGUCCAAACAGCACAAUUUUCGUCGCCAACCUGGACCCAACCCACGUAACCACGUCGACAUUAUCAGAAGUGUUCAUCCCCUUCGGUGAAAUCCUCGAUGUCACUCUCCCCAAACCCGAAGCGCCAAGCUCAACAGACCUUCACCGUGGCUUCGGUUACGUCGAAUUCGAAGACGCAAACGAUGCCAAGGAAGCAAUCAACAACAUGGAUCAGAGUGAGUUGUACGGACGAGUGAUCAAGGUCGCUAUGGCGAAACCGGAUGUGAAGCGGGAUCAAGGACAACCAGGGUUGGGAAGUACGAUUGCGAUCUGGGAGCAGGAAGGUUAUUUGAACAAGUAUGGUGGUGGGCAAGGCGAUGUUGACGGAGCAGUGGUAGGGCAGGAUGACAGGAAUGGUGGUGAGGAGGGAGAAGAUCCUAUGCAAGGGUUGGAAGAGUUGGAUGUUGCUGGACCACGACGUGCGUGA